UUAAAAAUGUUGCAGGGCAGUUAAAUUCAUUGGUACGUGACCGCCGGAGAUGAACUUUCUCCGCAACGAGAGCGAGCUCUCGUGAAUGAUUGUCCAGAGGGGCUCGCCCGGCGCACCGUGGAACCUUUAUGGACAAACCGGAUUUACCGUGAGGGUUUUCUACUUGUUUCGUCUCAACCAUCAAGAGGCUGAGAGUCGAUUUUUCUCCGGGAGCAGAAUGAAAAAUCGGUGCCGAUUUAUCCAGCAGAGGAAGAAAGUUUUCAGGUUUCCGAGAUGAACUCGUGAAUCCAAAUAAACGGACCGGCCCUCUUCCUUAUUGCUUCUUUUCUUAAUGACCCUAAAUUAAUCAAUCAUUCUAAAACUAUUUCAAUAUUUAUUUUCUAUAUGGCAUCCACGGUGAGGCACGCGCCGUGCAGCCCGGUGUUCCCGAGGACCCUCGUGCUGCUUCUGCUGAUGUUCCUGUGUGCUGGUCUCACCUUUGGGGCCUCCAAGGAUCUGGUGUGUGAGCCCAUAACGGUGCCCAUGUGCAGGGGCAUCGGCUACAACCUGACCUAUAUGCCCAACCAGUUCAACCACGACACCCAGGAGGAGGUGGGGCUGGAGGUGCACCAGUUCUGGCCCCUGGUCCGGAUCCACUGCUCUCCGGACCUACUCUUCUUCCUGUGCAGCAUGUACACCCCGAUCUGCCUGCCGGACUACCGCAAGCCCCUGCCCCCCUGCCGCUCCGUGUGUGAACGGGCCAAACGUGGCUGCUCCCCUCUGAUGAGCCAGUACGGCUUCGAGUGGCCCGAGAGGAUGAGCUGUGAGCAGCUUCCCCAGCUGGGUGACGAGACCCUGUGCAUGGACCAGAACAGCAGCGAGACCACCACCCUGGCUCCCCCCUUUCCUAAACCCACCCCUAAAGGCCGGACCAGACCUCCAAGCCCCCCGCAGUGUGACAGGGAGUGUCGCUGUCGAGACCCACUGGUCCCCAUCAAGAGGGAGUCAAACGCUCUGUACGGCCGGGUCCAGACCGGCCCCCUGCCCAACUGCGCCCAGCCCUGUCACCAGCCCUACUUCUCAGCCGAUGAACGCGCCUUCACCAGCUUCUGGGUGGGACUAUGGUCGGUGCUGUGCUUCAUCUCUACCUUGACCACUGUCGCUACCUUCCUCAUUGACAUGGAACGCUUCAAGUACCCAGAGAGGCCCAUCAUCUUCCUGGCUGCCUGCUACCUCUUCGUCUCUUUGGGUUAUAUCAUCCGGCUGGUGGCGGGUCAUGAGCGAGUGGCGUGUGGUGCCGGCGGCAGCGAUGGCGGCGACCAGCUGCACAUCCUCUACGACACCACUGGCCCGGCUCUCUGCACCCUUGUCUUCUUGUUGGUGUAUUUCUUCGGCAUGGCCAGCUCCAUCUGGUGGGUGGUGCUGUCCUUCACCUGGUUUCUGGCUGCAGGGAUGAAGUGGGGCAGUGAGGCCAUUGCAGGAUACUCGCAGUAUUUCCACCUCGCUGCCUGGCUUAUCCCCAGCAUUAAGUCCAUUGUGGUCCUGGCUCUCAGCUCUGUGGAUGGGGACCCUGUCGCUGGCAUCUGCUACGUGGGGAACCAGAGUCUGGAGAAUCUGAGGGGAUUCGUACUCGCACCUCUCGUCGUUUACCUCUUCACUGGUUCACUUUUCUUACUCGCCGGCUUUGUUUCUCUCUUCCGCAUUAGGAGCAUCAUCAAGCAAGGUGGCACCAAGACGGACAAACUUGAGCGGCUGAUGAUCCGCAUCGGGCUCUUCACGGUGCUGUACACCGUCCCCGCCACCAUCGUGGUGGCCUGCCUGGUCUAUGAGCAGCACUACCGGCCGGGGUGGGAGCGAACCUUGGCCUGCUCCUGCCUGUCCGAGCGCCAGCGCUCAGGACUGGGCCCAGACUACGCCGUCUUCAUGCUCAAGUACUUCAUGUACUUAGUGGUGGGCAUCACCUCAGGAGUCUGGAUUUGGUCAGGGAAAACCCUGGAGUCCUGGAGGAGGUUUGUGGCUCGAUGCUGCCCCUGCUGGCCGCAGAAAGCCACUGCUCCCCCCUCCAUGUACAGCGAGGCCAGUACUGCCUUAACUGGACAUACUGGAACUGGGCUGACAUCAGGGGUCUAUCAUAAAGCUGCUCCAUCCCAUAUAUGAACUGACUGACACAGUGAAACAUUUAAAAAGGACUGAUGUUCAUACAAUUUUUACAGUCACCUCUCUGGACACUCAGAAACAACACAACGUGUGUGUGUGUGUGUGUGUGUGUGGACAAAUAUCUGGAGGACGGCGUGCUUUUGCACCAUUGUGCUCUGAAUAUCAGCUCUAGUAAAAAAAAAAAGGGAAAAAUUAAACAAAUAACCUCGGGAAAAGUCCAAAACACGAUACUUAAAGGAGAAUCUUUGUGAGAACUGACUCGAUCAAGUGAAACUGCUUUUCAAAGCAACAGAGCUGAAACAGUUCAGCAACCUUGACAUUUACUGAGAAAUCACCAGGGUUACACGGAUCCAAAAUAAAAUCACAUGCUUCUUCCUAUCUGCUUAUCCUGAGCA